UGCUACUUUGUCGGUAACCACCACAUAAGGUAACAAGUAGGUAAUGUUGCGUUAUUACCGUAACACUUAAUAAACGUGUUGGUUUAAUGAAGCCAUGAAAGUGACAAGUAUCGAAAUUAAUUUGAACCUAUUGCUGAACAUUAGUCUCGGCGCCGGCGCAGUCAGUGUAGUAGGCAUGCGUAAUAAACAUGGCGUCUAAUAGAUGUGUAAUAGUUUUAUUUUGCUUGUUCUGUUCUCUGUACUGUGGGUGGUGUGAACUUCAUUUAAGUGAAGGUGCUCGCUGCAUUGUCGAUAAAAUCUACCAGGGGACGUGUGUCAGACUAUUCAAAUGUGGAUCUGCUGUUUUGACGUACCUCUAUCGUAAUGCUGGCUUCGAGAAUGACACAUACCUGCCACCGCUCCCUGAGCUAUGCUCGCACAGGAGCGAGGAACCUGUAGUCUGCUGCACUGACUGCGUCCUCAGCACUAAUGAUGAAUUCAAGGAGUCGGCCGUUGCACCUUCUGGGAUCCUAGUCAGCAGGACGGGUUCAAAAGCUUGGAAAAAAUGCCUGGAUUAUUUUCAUAAACUGCCUUAUCCAUGUCGAGGUAAAGGCCUCGUUAGCAUAGAAAAGCAAUGGGUGGAGGCCACUAGAUGCCAUAAUUCAGUACUGAGGGUCAAUGUUUCUGUUGCUGAACCAAAGCCUCUGCAGUGGAACUUUCCUCAUCAGGCGCGGCUUGGAUACGGCGAUGAUCUAUCUUCGGUUCAGUGGCUGUGCGAGGGGACAGUCAUCAGCGAGAGGUUCAUACUGACGUCUGCACACUGUACCAACGCUGGUGUCUUCGGCACUAUGGCGUUUGCGUCGCUCGGUCUCCAAAACAACAAGGAGCCGCCAGAAUAUUGGAACACGCACAAAAUCAAGAAGGUUAUUAUACAUCCCAGUUACAACGAGCCGUCGUGGUACCAUGAUAUAGCGCUUUUGGAGACAGAGACUGAGAUAAUGUUUGACAGUCAAAUUCUACCAGCUUGUUUGGAUGUUGAUGUUCAUGAUAAAUCGGAAGCAGAAACAGCUGGAAAGCGAACUCAAGUGAUUGAUAACAACAUAUCGGAGAUUACGGAGAUGCAGCCGAUAUUGUUUAACGAACUGGACACGAUAGAUUGCAUCCUCGCAUACAAGCGGGCCAACAACCUCAUGCACGGGUUCGAUUCCAAGCUACAAAUGUGCUACGGACGGCAAAAUGUCUCCGAAGAAACUUGCAAGGUAAAUUAA